AGUUUCUUAGAUAUUUUUUUAUCAUCAUGAUUGUUUGUCGUUUGUUGUUUUUUAUUCAUUUUUUAUUCAUCAUACUAUCAACAACAAUAUAUCAAACUGAAGCUCAAGAUACUGAAGAUAAAGAUAUUUGUAGAGCUGCUUCAGGAUGGGCGUACUCUGCCUCAUCCUCUUCAUCAGGAGCAGCUGCGGCAGCAGGUGGAGGCGGGGGAGGGGCGUCGUCAGCAUCUGCAAUUUGUAUUCAAGCUAAAGUCCCCUCCGAUUGUAUAAGAGCACACCCAGGAUGCUCAUGGUGUGCACAGGCUGAUUUUUCUGGACAAAGAUGCAAUGUAGAAGGCAUACUCCAAUCACAGGAAUGUAGUAAAAUAUUUAGCAUAAAGUCAGAAUACACAAUGGAAGUAUCAAGCUCUUCGAGUUCAUCCCAAAGAUUCAGCACAAGAACUGGAGAAGCAAGAAUCAGAGUUGGUGACACAGUAUCAAUCCCAUUUUUAAUAUCAGAACCAAAAAUAUAUCCUGUUGAUUUUUACUACCUUAUGGACGUCUCACGUAGUAUGUUGGACGAUUUACGAAACAUCCAAUCUCUCGGAACAAAACUUGUCAAAAAAUUGAGGCAACUGACACAGGGAGGUGAAGAUUCAGUUCGACUUGGAUUUGGAAAAUUUGUUGACAAAGUACAAUCACCAAUGACACAGAUGACUCCUUACAAGUUGAUCCAUCCAUAUGAAAUAAACACAGAUGCUCCGUUUCUAUUCAAAAAUGUUGUCAGACUAACAUCCAAUAUUCCAAAGUUUGAGGAAACUCUGAAAAAAGAAAAUGUAUCUGGAAAUUUGGAUCCACCAGAGGGUGCAUUGGACGCUAUGCUUCAAGUCGUGGAAUGCAAGGACGUGAUUGGCUGGAGAGAAAACACAUUACGUCUUCUUAUGGUUGCGACCGAAUCAGCUUUUCAUUAUGCAGAUGAUGGAGCAGGAUAUUUGUCUGGAAUUGUCAAAGCGAAUGAUGGAAAAUGUUACACGGAUAAAGCCACUGGAAAAUACACAAAAGCAGAAGAACAAGAUUACCCAUCAAUAAGUCAAGUUGUCAGAGCUGUUGAAAAGAAUUCAAUUACACCAAUAUUUGCUGUCAAGAGUUUGUACUCCAAACUUUAUCAGUCAAUAUCAGAUGAUUACUUCAAAGGAUCAACUGCUGGAGAACUUUCGGAUAAAUCUGAAAAUUUGUUACAACUUGUGGAGGAAGCUUACAACAAAAUUGCCGGGAAGCAAGAACUUGUUACCAAUAAUCCGAACGAUACAGUGUUGUGUCCUUGGUAUACAUGGUCAGUCGCUGGUAAUGCACCUGCUACUCUGUCAGUUGAUGGUGCCAUUGUCGACGGACUGGAAUCUGGUACCAGCGUGAAUUACAGCCUUUUCCUUUCUGCAAAUCGUGGUUCAUGUUUGGAAGGAGGGGAAUGUGGUGUUGGUAACGUCGUCAUAAAAACUCGACGUUAUGAUGACAGGAUGACUGUGGCUACUACCGUACUUGGAGCAUUUGAUUGCGAAAAGAAUGUGGAAAAAAACAGUUCAACAUGUUUCAAUCAGGGAAAUUAUUUCUGUGGAAUUUGCGUUUGUGCAACUGGGUGGACAGGGCCUCGCUGUAAUGUACCUGAUGUGGUUGCGGCAGUUUGUCCAAAAACUGGAGCUAAAGAUUGCUCUGGUCGCGGGACUUAUGUCAAUGGCAGAUGUCAAUGUGAUCCAGCCCACCGACAUAAAAAAGGCAGAAUUUUUGGGCCAUGUUGUGAAUGUGACGAAUGUCCAAAACGUGCUGGACGCGUCUGUUCUAACCAUGGAGAACCAACAAUCAAAGACUGUUCCUGCUCAUGCGAAUGUCAUCCAGGGUGGAUGGGCCCAGAUUGCAGUUGCCAGAUGUCAGAUUUAACAUGCAAAGGUCAGGAUGGUUUGACUUGCUCAGGACGAGGAGAAUGUUAUUGUGGCCGUUGCGUUUGCGAUGAAACUUUGGGAUAUGGCGGACCAACUUGCAAUUCUUGCUUAGUGAAUUGUCCAACCUGUGCCAAGUUUCAAGAUUGUGUUCAAUGUGUUAUGUACGGCACUGGUCCUAAGAACAACACAUGCAGAAACGAUUGCACCGAAAAAGAAUUCACAAUUCAAGUUGUUGAUACUGAAAGUAUUGACACAGAUUCUGCCAAAGAAUCAGGUCAUGAAAUGUGUGCUGCGUUGGAUGAAUCAAACAAUUGUAAAUUCUAUUUUAAAUACAAGAAACUUGCUGACGGAAACAUAGAAAUUUUUGCCGAAAAGGAACAACGGUGCAAGCCAGUAUACUCUCUCAUCAUCGUCUUAUGGUGCAUUCUGCUCGUACUUCUGAUUGGAUUGAUUCUGCUUUGUUGUUGGCGAUGCUGUGUUUAUGUGAUUGAUAAAGAAGAAGAAAAGAACUAUCGACUCAGUAAUUUGGCUCCUUAUACAAUCCCUCUCUUACCAGCUAUGGGUGCAGGAAGUGUUAUUGAAUUUAUCAAAGCAAAAUAUCUGAUUCGUAAGAGUGCAAAAGUCGCAGUUAUACCAGUCAGAAGAAACUUCUUUGCUGGAAAAUCAAGCAUCAAAUGGAAGACAUAUGCUGGCUCAGCAGGUGACGAUGACUUUGAAGUUAUAAAUGAUGGCGAAGAAGGUACUUUGGCAAGAAAACGUCGUUUUGAUACGAAAGGAGCUCCAAUCAAUGAACAAGUUGAUAAACGUCACAUUGAAGAAGUCGAAAGGGUGCCAUGCGGUGACGAAAUUGUUGAAAUGGAACCUUUGGUAAAACGAGGAGGCAACGGAGCUGCAAUGUCAGCCAAUGAUGGAUCAGGCAGAGGCGGAAGAGUUGAAACUAUUGAUGAGACUGAAGCAUUCUGGAGCAGUUAUGACUGGGGAAAUGGAGAAUUGACAUUUUCUGACGAAGACGAAUUUGCCAGUAUCGAAAUCCCAUUGGUUCAUAACUUCCCAGGCAGAGAAAUCAUGUUCUGGGUUGAACUUUAUCAACAAGAAAAAGGUGUUGCACUUGGAUUGAAAAGAACUAAAGUCAUUGUUAUUAAAGAUGAAGAUGCGGGUGUGAUUGGAUUCCCGAAACCAAGUUACGUCUUCAAAGAGAACGAUGAGAGAGCAGUUGUACCUGUUCAUAGAACAAUUGGAAUGGAUGGAAAAGUAUCUGUACGUUGGUUUACAAGAGAUAUCACUGCUAUUGACAAACAACAUUACCAUGCUGGAAAUGGAACCUUGACUUUUGAAGAUGGAGAGGUUACAAAACACAUCGAUAUAGAUCUCAUCCCUGACGUUAUUUAUGACGAUGUUGAGAAAGCCUUCAACAUAGAACUUGAAGAUCCCAAAGGUGGAGCAUCUCUCGAUAUAUCACAUUGUAUGGUGACUGUCUUGUGCAAUGAAGAAUGUGCAGUACUACAGUUUGCAAAGACGGCAUAUCCAUUUAUGGAAAAUUGUGGAGUUGCUGAAAUACCGGUUGUAAGAACCAGAAGCACAAAAGGAGUUUGUACUGUCAAAUGGAGAACAGAAGAUGUUACUGCUUAUGCUGGAAAAGAUUACGUCAGAUCUGAGGGAGUACUUACUUUCCCCAACGCAGUCACUGAAGCUCAUAUUCAGGUUCCUAUCAUUGAUAAUGAUGAAUACGAUGAAACUGGACGUUCGUUUGUCAUUAAAUUGUACGAUCCAAGCGAAAGCACAAAACUUGCUCAAUCUAUUGCUACCAUCUCUAUUAUUGAGGAUGACGAACCUGGAAUGUUUGAAUUUGCAAAGACAAGUAUAGUGUUGAGAAAAACAGGCCCAGAUCCUCUGGUUGGUCAUUUGCCUGUGGUCAGAUCACUUGGCACAGAUGGACAUAUAACAAUACCUUGGAUCAUACAGGCACAUGAUAAUGAAGAACUGCCAUCAGAUGUGUCUGCUAUGAGUGGAUCAGUUGAAUUCACUCAUAGUGAAAUUACCCACCCACUCGACUUAUACUUCCCUGACGUACCUCGGGAAAAAAUGUUCUCGUUUGACAUUAUAUUGAUGCAACCAACAGGAGGUGGAAAAUUAGGAGCCAAGAGUCGAGCGACUGUUACAGUAUUUGGAGAUGAAGAUGAAGGAACAGUGUACUUUGCACAACCUCGUUUCGAUGCAAUGGCAGCAUCAGGAAUGGCAACAUUACUUGUAUCUCGCAAAGGAAAUAUCGAAAAUGCAGCAUUUGUUAUGAACGAAACAAAUGAUAUUUCUGCUGUCAGUGGAACUCAUUACAGAGGCGGCAUCAGUAGCAUUGUAUUUGAAGCUAACGAAGCUGCCAAAGAAGUUGGAAUACCUAUUUACAAUGAUCCUACUAACUCUGGCCGACCUUUGACUUUCGGUGUCAGUUUAAAAUCACCACCAGGGGGACCGAAAAUUGGAGAUUGUGGUUUCGCUGAAGUUGUAAUUACUUGCACCGAACUUGCACCAAUCACUCCUGUUAAAGCAGCUGCCCCGACUGGAAGUUGUACUGUUGAAUUGUUGAAAUCAAAAUAUUUGAUCAGGAGAAGUGCUAAGACUGCCCACAUCCCAGUACACAAGUCAUCUGCAGAAGGAACAGCCAUUGUUGAAUGGACUUGCAUCCCAGCUAUGUCCGCAAGUUCUUUAGAAGCAACUCAACUAAGUCCUAUGGGCAAAAUUAAAAUUCCUGACGGAAGUGAUCGUUCAGAUAUUGUAUUGGAUGUUAGCAAUCUUGAAACAGAUCAGCCGCAGAUAUCUCUCUGUAUCAUUCUACUGAAUGUAUGGUGGAGUGGGGAAGAAGACAUCACUGAUGAUCUUGAACUUGGCAAGGAGAAGGCUGAAGUUAUUGUACUCAAUGAUAUCGAUCCGGGAACUCUUGGCUUCUCAAAGGGAACUUACUCAUUUAAAUCGAAUGAUGGUCAAGUAUCACUUCCGGUACACAGACUAGGUGGUAUGGAUGGUGACGUGGCUGUUGAAUGGUUCACAAGAGACGACACUGCUAGGGUUAACGAGGAUUAUCGUGGUGAUAGAGGAGUGAUUGAAUUUGGAAAUAAUGAGAUUGUUAAGAACGUACCUAUUCAACUUCUGCCUGGACAUUUUGCUGAAGAUGAAAGAGAAAAACAAUUCACCGUAGAACUUGGACAAGCAAGUGGAGGAGCAAAGACUGGAACAAGAAUGGCAACAAUUAAGAUUCUUGGUGGUGAAGAUCAAAGUUUUGUGCAAUUCAGCAAAGAAUCAUAUCCAGUCAUUGGAACAUCAACCAGCAUCAAAAUUCCGGUUCUCAGAACUGGCGACAGUCAGAAUGAAGCAAGCGUUGAAUGGUAUACUGAGGAUGGCACAGCAAGACAAGGAAUUGAUUACAAAUUAUGCAGGGACAUUCUUAUUUUCCCUGCUAAUUCAACUCGUGCUGAAGUAGAAAUUCCAUUGAGUGGACAAACCACAGAACCCAGAACAUUCAAUGUUUACUUGGCAAGUCUUGGAAUGGAUUCAAAUGUUUUGUUGGGCAAAAACAAAAUGGCUACCAUAGCAAUCAUUAGCAGUCGUGAACCUGGAACUUUCGAGUUCAACAAACAAUCAUACAUAUUUAAAACAACUGGACAAUCUGGACUUGUUCCUGUUGUAAGAUCGAAUGGUACUGAUGGUGAAGUUACCCUGCCUUGGAAAAUUGAAUCUGCAGCUGGAGAAGAACAAUCACCUUUUGCAGGUGCCGAAGGAUUCCUUAAUUUCGACAACGGCCAGAUUAGUGCGAGCGUUGAAAUAGAAUUGCGAGGUGUUCCGUCUACUUCUUUUGUACUCGUCCUAUGUCCUCCUGUGGAAGGCGGUAAACUUGGAGCAACAUCCCAAGCUAUGGUUCAGAUUCUUGGGGAAAAAGAGGAGCCUAUAAUAGAGAUGGCAUCGCCAACACUAGGAAUCAUGUCAAAUGAAGUUGUCAAGGCUACUGUUGUUAGACAUGGAAAUCCAGAAGAAAUGGCCUGUGUUGGAUGGAAAACUGAAGAUGGAACAGCUGUCAAUGGAAAACAUUUUAUUGGUGGAUCAGGCAAUGUUGUCCUUGAUCCUGGUGUAAUGAGCAAAGAUAUUGUCGUACCAAUCAUCUGUCCACCGACUGAUGAUCCAGCAUCUUUCUACAUUCGUCUCACUGACGUCAUGGGCAUGGGAAAACUAGGAGAAACGAAAAGCACAGAAGUAACUAUGGAACCGAUGCAAAGCAAAUAUAUGGAUGUUCUACAGCAGUCUGCUGCUGCACCAGAAACUUAUGUUGAAUUCUUGAGAAAGAGACACCACUUCCAACAAUCUCUCGGUACAGCCCUCGUACCAGUCCAUCGUUCCGACACACGAGGAGUGCUAGCUAUCAGAUGGGAAACUGAAAAUAUAUCAAGACAAGUUGCUAAAAAAGGAUUGAGUCCCUCAAGGGGAGCUUUUGAGAGUUCUUCGUCUUCUGAAGAUGAAGAUGCUGGACAACGAAGAACUCAAGAAAGAGAAGAUGACAUUGAUUGGGGAGCAGGCAUUAUUACGUUUGAAGAUGGAGACCGUGAAACUGCGAUUGAAUUGAUUCUGUAUAGAGAUUUACAAAAUAAAGAUUCAAAUUUUAAGAUUUCUCUGAUCGAUCCUUGGGAUAAAGUAAACUUUGGAGUUAGAGAAACAAUUGUUACAGUGUUGAAAGAUAGAGAUGCUGGAUCUCUUGGAUUUGCCAAACCAAUGUAUGAGUUUAGUUGCAGUGAUCGUCAAUUAGUUGUUCCAGUUCAUAGAAGUUCCGGUGCUGAUGGAACAGUGUCUGUUCCUUGGUUUACAAGAGAUGGAAGUGCUGUUGGUGGAACUCACUACCUUCCGGAUGAUGGCAACCUGGUGUUCAGAGAUGGUGAAGUCGUUCAGAAGAUUGUUGUACCAAUGCCUAUGAGAACUCCUAUAUUUGGUGAAGACGAAGUCGCUUUCGAUGUUGUUCUCGGAGAACCUACAGGUGGUGCGACUUUAGACGACCAUGAAACGAAAGUUGUUCUCAAGAACGAUAUUGUGCCCAGUUCUAUUGGAUUCCUCAAUCCCACUCAUGAGUGCCCACAGUCUGAUGGCACAGUUAGUGUGACGGUCAUACGCAGCGAAGGAACCAUGGGAAAAGUUACCGUGCCAUGGAGAGUCGUAAGUGCUCCUGGAAAACCUAGAUCAAGAUAUGAAGGGACAAAUGAUACAGUUACUUUCAAGGAUAACGAAGAUCAAAAGAGCAUUGAGCUUCCACUGCCCAAAGGAUUAUUACCAGCAGAACAAGAUUUCUUUGUCUUAGUACUUGAUGAACCGAAGUCUGGUCGAGCUCAAAUUACAGAAGUGGAUCGAUGCUAUGUUACCAUCGAUAAUGAUAUAACUAUGGGAACAUUCAGUCUGUCAUCAGAAUCCUACUCAUUCAGUCAAAGUGAAGGAAGAGGUUGUGUGACUGUUAUUCGUAAUGAUGGCACCGAAGGUGAAGCAUCUUUGUCUUGGAAGCUCAAAUCCAACUCAUCAGCUCCAACCAUUCUCCAUAACAAGAGAGGAGUUGUUGAAUUUAAUCCUGGACAAAAUACAGCUAAGAUUGAAAUUCCGCUGCCUAAGGAUUCAGAACAUGACCAGGAGAGUUACAUUCUUUCCUUGUCUCCACCUGGUGGUCGUGGAAAACUUGGUGAACCAAAACAAGCUGAAGUUCUUCUUGUCAAUGAUGUAGAAAGUUCUAUAGGAUUCCCCCAACCAUUGUUUGAAACUCAGGGAGAUGUCGACACAUUUAUGUUACCAGUUGUUCGUGAGGGUCCAAAAGGAAGGCCUGUGACUGUUCAGUAUGAAUUUAGAGAUGGAACAGCGAAAGAUCUCCAACACUACAUUGGAGAGAAGGGAAGCAUCGACUUCGAUGCAGGAGAAGACGCAAAGAAUAUUCUGAUCCCUAUUCUUAAUGAUCCUGAUGGUGAUCGAGUCGUGUUUGAGGUUGAACUUCAUUCAAUAGAAGGUCCUGGAAAAUUAAGUGGAAACGCGAAUGCAACGAUUGCAAUUGACAACUUGGCAGGUCCUGGCAUAUUCAUCAUGGCGGCAUCUGAAAUGGAUGUGAACCAGAGCUCAGGAACAGCAUGUAUUACAAUCCUACGUACACAUGGUAGGAAAGGAAUAGUAGAGGUACCAUGGUUUUUAGAACAAGUACAAACAGCUAAAGGAACAAGAAAGCCAAGCAAUUAUGACACACUAGAAGGAAAACUUACAUUCAAUGAUGGAGAAGGGCAGAAGAUUCUAGAAAUUCCGUUAGAGACAACUCCACAAGAUAGUGAUGUUACUAAGUUUGACGCUGUUCUUCUAACUCCAACUAAUGGUUCUGGAGCUACGCUGGGUGACGUAACAAGCACAACUGUUACUGUAAAUAACGAUUUGGAUGGAGGAACUCUGGAAAUGGCCGCUGAAAAAGUUGAAGUUAGUGGCACGGAUAAAGAGGUUGUUGUUCCUGUUGUAAGAACUGGAGCAAUUGAUAAUAAAUGCUAUGUAUCAUGGGAGGCCGAAGAUAUGUCUGCUGUUCGAGGAAAACAUUACAAGGGUGGAAGAGGAAAUGUCAGCUUUGAACCUGGAGAAAAAAGCAAAAAGAUUACGAUCCCCAUUGUCAAUGAUCCAACUGGGGAGGAUACGUCAUUCAAUGUUUGCCUCGGAGAAACCAAAGGAGGGGCUAAGCUGGGUGAAAAAACAAAGACAGAAGUCGUUAUGCAUCACAUCAGAGAAAACGGAGAAAUUUGCUUCGACGAAACGAUAACUCAUGUGAGACAAACUGAAAAGAAGAUUGUUUUGACAUUGAUUAGAAAAACAGGAAGUGUUGGAAGAGUAGUUGUACCAUGGUCCGUGAAAGAUGCUCCAGAGAAUUCACCAUAUUAUGGAAUGCAAGGACAAGAGAAAUUCAACGAUGGAGAAACUGAAUCUCAUAUUGAAAUAAAUCCACCUGCUGGUCCACAAGAAAAUGAUCAAGAAACAUUCAAGGUUGUACUUGGACAGCCAAUUGGAGGAGCAUUCCUUACAGGAGAAUGUGAAUGUUCUGUCAGCGUGGAAAACGACGUUCCAUACAGUUACAUUAGUUUUGCUGAUGAGUUAUGUGAAGUACAACAAUCACAAGAACACAUUGAAUUACCACUUAUCAGAUCAAAGAGAACCGAAGGUCGUGUACGAGUGCCUUGGACUACAAAGACUGAUACUGAUGCUUCCUAUUAUGCUGAUUUGAACGGUGUUGAAGUGUUUGAAAAUGGAGAGAAAAAGUCUCACAUUGAGGUUCAAUUAUCUAAAGUGCCAUCGGAGACAGACACUGAUACUUUCCAGAUUGUUUUGAACGAGCCGAGAUCACCGGAUGCAAAACUUGGAGAUAUUCAGUGCUGUACUAUUGUCAUUCACAAUGAUAUUGAACUACCGUUGGUAACAUUCGGCGACCAGGAACACAAGGCAUCACAGAGUGAAAGUAGAACUUACAUUACAAUUAAACGUAUCAGGCACCCAACAGGAAGAGUCAUCGUACCUUGGAAACUGGUUCCUGAUGACCCUGAAUCACCAUAUGCUGGUAUCGUUGGUGAAACUGUUUUAGAAGAUGGGGAAACAGAAGGAGUUGCAGAAAUUCAUCUUCCGCAAGUUCCACUUGAUAAACCUGAAGAUAAUGUUGUCGUUUUGCUAGAAGAUCCAAUUGGGGCAAAACUCGCUGACAAUGCAAUUUGUAAAUUGAGUGUAAAUAAUGAUGUUGGUGUAGGAAUUGUUGAAAUGAGAUCUCCCACUCUGACGUGUUGCAGCGAUGAUGGCCGAGCAUCUGUUGUAGUUGUUCGUAAAAUGUUUCAAGAUUUCCCUGCGAAGGUCAAAUGGGUCACAGAGGAUGAAGAUGCUCACCAUGGUGUUCAUUAUGAGAAUAAUGGUGGUCAACUGGAGUUUAGACCAGGUGAAGCUGAACGUCCAAUUCCUGUUGGAUUAAUUAACGAUCCAACUGGGGAAACCAGACAUUUCAAGGUCAAACUAAUGGAUCUUCAAGGUCGUGAUAAACUUGGUGAUAUUUCGGAAUGCAGAGUCAGAAUUACCAAUCAAGCCACUCCCCCACCACCAGUACGAGACUUCCAAGCCAAUUUAGUUGGCCCGCAAACAGUACUAGCAAAAUGGUCUCCUUUACCAGAAGGCACACCAUUGGAAGGCUACAAGGUUACUUAUUGGAGUGGACCAGGAACAUCUAAGACUGUUAAAGUUGGUCAGAAGGAAACCGAAGUGACACUCGACUCUCUUGAAGCAAGUACAACAUAUCAAAUACUGGUUUGUCCUUACAAUGAUGUUGGAGAUGGUCAAACUUCAGAUAAGAUUAUCGUGGAUACAGAACCCGAAAUGAGGUUGUCAUAUGAUUCACCAAUGCAAUUUAAGACCAGCAUGAACAUUGCUCGUUUCACUAUCGAAAGAAAGCAAACAAACUUCAGAUCGACUGUCGAAUGUCAACUCAUAAAGGAAACUCAGAAAAAACUCCCUCGAUCGUAUGACUCAAGUUCAGAAAGUGAUGAUGAGAGAGAUGGAGGUGCAACCCCGAUACAAACUACAGAAUUAACCUUUGAACCUGGACAGUCAAGAUUAACCGUGGAAGUUCCACUCGAACAAAAGAUGAAGAAGUCUUCCCAAGUAUAUUACAUGAAAAUCUUCCCGAAGAACAAAGACAAAGCAUUGGCAAAUAUUGAACUUCACAUUAUCAAUGAUACAGGUGUUCCUGGUCAUGUUCGAAGACCAUUCUGUGCAGCAUCAACAUCACGAGAUUGCGUGGUUACAUGGGAACCACCUAUCGGAGGUGGACCAGUCAAAGGAUACUAUGUGGUUGCAAGAAGCGAAGGAUUACGGGAUAUUGUCAAGAAUGUAUCGGAUGGAUCAACAAAAGUCCUAUUAGAAAAUUUAGAGCCAUCAACAACAUAUUCAAUAACAGUACAACCAUAUAAUGAUGUUGGGAAAGGAAAACCAUCUACUGCUUCUGAGGCAACAACCCAAGAUGAAAUGAAAGUUGAAUUCACACAAAAAUUCUACACAUUCAAGAUGAGCGAUAAAGUAGCCGUCAUACCAAUUCAACGUCAUUUUACUCAUGGAUAUGCUACAUUAAAAUGGCACACAACCUGGAGUAAAACUCAAGAGGAAGCAGAAUCUUCGAGCUCAUCUGAAGAGGAGGAACCAGAGUCUAAAGCUUGGGCAUCAGGAACACUUUCUUUUGCUGACGGACAAAAAGAAGCAAAUGUUCAAAUUCCUCUGAGACAAGCGCAGACACCUACACAGAAGAAACGAUCCUUCUUCUGGUUGUAUGUUCUUGAUCCAAAUAGAAGAAAGAGACUCGCUUCGAUGAAAUGCAGCUUGAUUGAUGAUAAAGCACGUAUCACAGCACCAAAGAAUGUUGAACUUGAAGCUUCCGGACCUGAAUCAGUUAUUGUCACUUGGAAUACAGAGAAUGUCAGUGCUCAGGAAUAUUGGGUUUCAUACAAAAGAGCAGGUUCAAGAGAUGACGCAAGUAGAAGAACAGUAAAUCCAGCUACAGGCAGAUUUGAACUGACGGAUUUGAAACCUGAAUCAACUUACGCAAUUGUGCUUACUGCAAUUGGUGAAGGAGGAAAGCAGGCAAGCACUGAAGUAAUGAGCUGUACAACACCAGGAAACUUACCUGGGCCACCCAACAGACUUGUCUUCCAAGUGUUAUCACCAUCAUCAUUGCAAUGUUCAUGGGGAGAACCAGCAAAUCCGAAUGGUACUAUCACAUCAUAUGAAGUCAUGUAUCAACUACUUGACAAAUCUAAGAAUGAACCCCCAGUUCUUGUAAGAAUUCCAGACGGACAUUACAGAUCUCUCUUAGUUGAAGAUUUGAGAGAAAAUGAACCUUAUAAAUACAGUGUUCGUGCUAAAAAUCAAUGGGGAUAUGGUGAAUUUAGACAUGCAGAUAUGAAGAUCGAACAUGUUGGUACUAGACCUCCAUCUGCUCUUUUCCUUGAUGCGAAUGACACAACUUACAUUCAACAACAAGAAGAAUUCAUUCGUCAACAACAGUCACAAAAACAACAGCAAUCGCAACAACUACAAUUACAACAAAGGCGUCAAGUUGAACAAAGAGGAGCAGCUGGUGGUGAUAUGCAAGUUCAGGUUUCAGCAACUGAAUAUGCACCAACUGAUGAAAUCACAACCACACAAAUGACAAAGACAAGAGUUACAAGAUAUCGACAUAAAGAAGGUCAAGCAGAACCAGAAGUGGAAACAAUGGAAUUUGAUGGAAGAUUAUCACAACAAGAACUCCAAAAAAUGGCAGAAGAAGGAGGCAGAUUAGAGAGAACACGGUCCCCUCUCCAGGUGCAAGUUGUUACCUACAACACCACACAAAGGAAGCAGACUGGCGGAGGAAUGCAAAGUUAUCAAGAAGUAGAUUCCGGACAGUAUAGUCAACAACAACAGCAACAACAACAAUAUCGUUAUCAAGAAAUGGAUCCAGAAUAUCGAAGCGAUUCUAGAAAAGAGGUUCAUCAAGAUGUUGAAGAGUUUACAGAUGUGCAAGAAAGCAAAGAGGGUGAUGCAGAUGUCACAACAAUUACAAAGACAUACAAAACAACAACUACAGAACGUCAGCAUGAUACCAGAUCCGGAGUUCGAAAAGUUGUGCUCAGUCCACAACCGAAAAAAUGAGGAGGAAAAUUUAAAGACUCCGACUACAAAAUUUGUAUCUAAUCAUUGUAAACCCUAUUUUAAAAUUUCAGUAAUGGUUCCAAUUGCACUUAAGCCAUGAUAUUGGUACAUAAUGUAUUCAUUGUUGAGAUGUAAUAUAUUUCAAAUUAAAUAUAAACUAUUUUGAAUGGAUAAACUUCAGUUGGAAGGUAUGAAUAAGAAUAACUUGACACUAUUCAUGAUACAAAAGUGUCAUUUUUUUAAUAAUACUAUAACGUGAGAUACCUUCUUUAAUAACUAUUGAGGGCUUUUUUAAC